AUGCAGGACUUGGAGCAAGAGGCAGAAGUAAGGAGUACAAGCAACGGAGCAAAGACCACAGACUGCAGUACCCUCUGCGAUAAAGAUUCACAUUUUCAACAGAUGACUACGAGCCCGUCCUGUACUGCAACUAAAUCGACUUCUGAAAGCCACACACAGUUCUUGAUUCCGAGCUUCAAUCGCCCAACACUACCACCUGGGAAUGAAGGUAUCUUCGUGAUUGGCCGGAAUGUGUCAGGAGGCUCUGAAACAAGCCAUACAUUCCUACAGUCACCAGAGGAUCUUGGCGUAUUCUUGAGAGAGCAGGCAGAAGGUCGUAUACUAUUCCUACGAGGCUAUCCGUCAUCAGAGUGGCUGUCGUAUCUAGGAGCACGUCUCAACUUGGAUUAUGAAUACCUUUUCCAACACUUCGCUCACUCGUCACACCUCGAGAGUGGUGAUCUUCUAUGCUUACCUCCGUUGUCUCUCAUAGCUACAAACACUAUACAGCUCUACUUCACCACCCUCGGAGUAUGGGAUAAUCACCAGUCUGAAAUUGGCGUCACCGAGGCACGAUCUAAACUGGCACUUUCAUUCAAGUCCUACAUGGACGACAUGAUUCAUGGAAAGGGUACCAAACUUUGUGACUCCAUUGUCCGGUCAUUCCACGUACACGACCUGAAGCAUUUCUCCAUGGAUCAGCAAAUCACAAUCAAGCUCUUGCGUGUGGAGAAAUCUUGGACAAUAAUCAUCUGGAGUGAUGCUGGGACUUCUCUUGAAUCGAGUCACCGGGGCCCGUGGCUGGAUAUGACGGCUGACCAUUCUUCUUCGAUCAGAUUUAUACCCAUGGUACUACAGCUACAGAAUGGCCAAAUAAAAGACUUUCUGACAACAACCAUGGGCAAGACACAGAGUUCGCAGACCUCAUCAAUCGCAACAUCUGAGCAACUAGCACAGAAUCUGUGUGCGCUACCUCAUGAUUUCCUCAGGCCCCUCAAUGACUUCACGAUACAGGCACACCCUUUCUACGCCUUGCACGAGAUAUUCAGACUUAACGCCGCCUCGGAGCAUCAGUUUCUCAAUCUGAUGGAAACCAAAGCCCACACACACGGCCGUAUGGACAACGAUCGACAGCGCAGCAUCGCCGAAAUCCAGGCCAUCAAGCAGCUCAUAGACCAGGAUCACGAAAAGAUAACGGAUGUUCUCGAAACAAUCCGCACUCGAGGCGGAUGCCACUGGAAUCCUGAACCGCAGACUCGCGAGGCGGACGAGGCCAGAGAAGCCGCCGAGACGCUGCAUCGCACGUUCCGCAAGCUGGAGCGCCGGGCGCACGCUGUCUCGGAGGCUUGCCGGGAUGCCAUAUCGAUGCUCAGCAGCGAUGCUAUGGUUCGAGAGGCUCAGAAGAGCAUGAAGACAGCCGAAGGAAUUGCGAAGGUGACUUUCAUCGCGUUUGUCUUCGUGCCGCUGUCCUUUACCACGUCGUUCUUCGGCAUGAAUUUCGCCGAAUUCAAUGGUAAGAAUCUGGGCAUUUGGGUCUGGUUCAUGGUCUCGGUUCCUGUACUCAUGCUAUCGCUGCUUGUCUGGUGGUUGGAUGGCCAGAAGUGCCGCCGAGCUGUAAGCUGGAUCAGAAGGCUUUCUGGUGGCCGGGAUUGA